AUGGCGGAGGCCUCAGAGCCUCAGCCACUACUUGCUGCUCCAGCAUUUAUCCAGACACCUAUGGUGAAAUCCUACAAGCUCUCUAUAUCGCCUAUAUACCAGCUAAAGCUUCGGGAGCUUGAAAGGGAUGAUUUAGAAAGGGUUCACCAAGCAGAGAUGGAGACUCGCCUUGCACGUGAAGGGGACAGAAUGGUCAUGGUCUACUGGUGGCGACAGAAUGAUGAGCCAGCGGACCUGUUCUCUGUCGUGGCUCCAGACUACCCGUACUUUCAUCCCAAGCAGGCAAAAGACCUGUAUAAGCGCUUUGCGCUUGGAACAGCUGACUUUCAAUAUUAUGAUUGGAAGAUCAAGAAAUGGGUCUACGGUUCGCCCGACUCACCGUGCAUCAAUAUCAAGACUGCAACUGAAUUGCAUUAUCGCUGCGAUGGAGUGACUACUGGCCCAGGCAUGCCUGUGAUUAGCCUCAAGCGUACCACCUCAAAGGCUGUUUUAGAUGAGAGCAUAGAGCGUCAUCGCUCAAUGAGCUCAUUUGAAAGCGUUGAGGAUAUAAGUGGGCCUUCUAGCUUGCCUGCCACUCCCCGCAAACCUCCUCGGACAUCUCAAACUGUCAUCGACAUUGAUGCAUGGCUAAGCACUCCAAGCCAUCCUGCGCCCAUCAUGUCACCAAGCCAGACUAGUGCGGCAUCUCCUCCAAGGACUCCAAUGAGAAACUUCGAGUUGCAGGUGUCCUCACCUUCUUCUAGCUGA